AUGCACCGACCGCUCUUUCUGCAUAUCGUGUCGGCGUUCGAGGCCCGUUACGAGUAUUUCCGGUUCAGAGAGGAUGCGAGCGGCAGACCCGGGCUAUCGCCGAUACAAGAGUGCACCGCUGCAAUUAGGAAGUUGGCCUAUGGAGGCGCGACCGACAUGUUCGACGAGUACCUUCACAUCGGUGAAACGAUUUCCCGCGAAUGUCUGAUGAAUUUGCACGGGAGGGUGCACGGUUUUCCCGGAAUGUUGGGCAACAUAGAUUGUACGCAUUGGGAGUGGAAGAACUGCCCCGUUGCUUACACGACCGGCUUUAAAGGCAAGAAUCCUACGAUGAUCCUAGAAUCCGUAGAUGACUAUCAACUGUCGAUUUGGCAUGAGUAUUUUGGGGUUGUCGGGUCGAACAACGACAUCAACGUCUUACAGUCGUCGUCCCUUUUCAACGAGCAGUGCCUUGGCGUGGGUCCAACCAUCAGUUUCGUCGCCAACGGCAACCAACACGAUAUGGGCUACUAUUUGGCUGAUGGGAUAUACACCACGUGGCUCGUAUUUGUGAAGACAAUCAGAUGUCCAACAGAUCCAAAGAAGAUUUACUUAGCGCAAUGA